GGCCGGCCGUGACCCGCGGGCGGGCAGCGCCGGCCGCGCCAUGACGGGAAAAUCGGUGCGGGACGUGGAGCGCUACCAGGCGGUGCUGGCCGGGCUGCUGGCCGAGGACGAGAACAAGUUCUGCGCCGACUGCCAGGCCAAAGGGCCACGAUGGGCAUCCUGGAAUAUUGGGGUGUUCAUCUGCAUCCGCUGUGCUGGGAUCCACAGGAACCUGGGAGUUCACAUAUCCAGGGUCAAAUCUGUCAACCUCGACCAGUGGACACAGGAACAGAUCCAGUGCGUGCAGGAGAUGGGGAAUGGCAAAGCCAAUCGUCUCUACGAAGCCUACCUGCCCGAGAACUUCCGGAGGCCCCAGACAGACCAAGCUGUGGAGAGUUUUAUCCGGGAUAAAUAUGAGAAAAAGAAAUACAUGGACAGAAGCAUUGACAUCAACGCCUUCAGGAAAGAAAAGGACGACAAAUGGAAAAGGACCAACGAGUCGGAAAGAAAACUGGAACCCAUCAUCUUUGAGAAGGUGAAAAUGCCUCAAAAGAAAGACGAAACGCAGCAAUCCAGGAAAAGUUCCCCCAAAUCUGAGCCAGUCAUGGACUUGCUGGGCCUGGACGCCCCGGUGACAACGCCCGUCACCAACGGCCGGCCCAGCAGCCUGGAGAAGGACCUGGACCUCUUUGCAUCCGUGGGAUCCAGCUCAGACUCCUCCAGGAAGGUUGUUGGUUCCAUGCCAACCUCUGGAAGCGCCGGCUCCGUUCCCGAAAAUCUGAAUCUGUUCCCGGAGCCCGGAGGCAAAGGGGAGGAGGUGGGGAAGAAGCAGCUCUCCAAAGACUCCAUCCUGUCCCUGUACGGCUCCCAGACGUCCCAGGUGCCAGCACAAGGAGCCAUGUUCAUGGCGCCGGCUCAGCUGGGCUAUCCCGCCGCUCCCUACGCCGCCUUCCCGGGGGUGCCUGCUUCCAGCAGCAUGAUGGGGGGCUUGAUGGCGCCCUCCGUGGGCAUGCUGGCCCAGCCUGGAGCUGCUGGCAUGGUGGCACCCGUGGCCAUCCCCGCAGGCUACGUGGGCAACGUGCUGGGCGUUCCCAACGGGAUGAUGGGCACGCAGCAGCCCGGGUACGUGGCCGGGGUGGCCGCGGUGCCCCAGGCCGUGUACGGGGUGCAGCCGACGCAGCAGCUGCAGUGGAACCUCGCCCAGAUGACCCAGCAGAUGGCUGGCAUGAACUUCUAUGGAGCCAACGGAAUGAUGGGCUAUGGACAGUCCAUGGGAGGAGGAGGAGGAGGAGGAGGAGGAGGAGCCCAGGGCAGCAACCCCUCCCUGAGCUCCCCGCUGUGGAAAUGAGCCCUCGCUCGCACGUGACCAUUUCUGCCUUUGUUCUGUUCUCCAAACCUGCUCCAUGAGACAUUCAGGGGUUUUUUUGCUUUCAGGUUUUGGGGGGGGGACCCAGCCCAACCUGAAUAUUUUGUGGGUUUUUUUUCCAUCCCUGAGCUCCAUCUCUGCCUUUCCACUGUCACAGCCACGGGGACAGCUGGGUGGCAAUGCCACCACGAGCUCAGCCCCGUCCUCAGCACAGUCAAUGCACACAGGGGAGGGGAAACCUCCCUGCACAAAGCUCCACCAGAGCUCCUGGGUAGCACUUGAUGCCCUGCUGGGCACUUGGGCACAGGUGGGACUGGGAAAUGUGGACUGAAUCCUGCCCAGAAAGCUGGGAUUUCUCACUUCAACUUGCAGUGUUAGAUUUAUUUUAUUUUUUUGGGGGGUUUUUUUUGGUUUUUUUUUGGGGGGGGGGAAAAUAUCAGGAAUAUUUUACAAAACAACGUGCGCCCUCAGAGCCGUCAGUCCCGCAGAUAGAAACCACAAAAAUACAAGAGUUUGACAUUUAAGAAAGGACUACACACACAUAGAAAACAGGACAGGACACAGGUAGAAAAUCCCAUUUGCUCGUUUUUUUUGAAAUAUUCCCACUUUUCUGUCGCCAUCCCAAACCCAUCCCCUGCUCUUGGAGGGGCUCCAAGGAUGCUCCAGGUCCCCCCUGGCCGGUGAUUUUUGGGGAGGGUGGAGUUGUGGAAUGGGAGGAAUCUGUCAUUAAACCCAGCUGAGCGUCAGUUGUUCAAUGAUGCUCCCAGAAAUCCUAAAAUCUGCUCCCAGAAACCCCGAAAUAUCCAAGGAAAAUCUUCCCCUGCCUCUCCCUUCCACCUUCUCAAUCAGUGCUAAUUAACUCGUGGUUAAUUAAGCUCUGACGUUUCCCCCCUCCUCUCCUUUCGUGCAAAUUUUGGGGGAUUUGAGGCUGAAAUGUGAAGGAUUUUCAAAUCCUUGUGGGGUUUUGCAUUCUCAUCCCCCGUCCCUCCUUUCAGCCUCAGCUUCCAAGGGUUUGGAAUUUCUGCAAUAUUCCACGGGUUUGGAAUUUCUGUCAGAGCUGCCCUUGCCUUUAAUCCCUCAUCAUUCCCACCCUUUUCUUCCCUUUUAUUUUAUUUUCAAUGGACCCAAACCAGUCUGAAAUUCCACAAUUUUAUUCCCCCACAAACUUUUUAGGAGGAAUCUGGGUUGAAAGAUUUCUAAUUCUGGAUAAAAUCCCUUCCAUUUGGAAUGGAAAUCCAGAAUUUUUGGAUGGAAUAAACACUCCCAAACUUUCCUUUGCCCACUCCUAAAAAUCCACCAGAGUUUUUCCCCCUUUUUAUUUCCCUGGUGCUGCUGCCAACCUGAAUUCCAGGAGAAAUUCCCAACUUUCUUUUCCCCUUUUUAGGUGUAAAACUUGAGGGAUUAAUGACAGAUUCCAGAGUCCUGGAUCAUCCUGAACAUUCCAGGAUUG